CUUCCUGCAAAUUUUUUCACCUGAGGGACGUUCGCUUCACUUGGCAUCUCUCACCUGUGAAAUUGUGAAAAAUCUCACUCCUGUCUGCUAUUCACUCAUCAGUUCACCUAUAUCACCAGAAUGCCUCUGCAGUUUGAGCUGUGUCCCGGAAGAAUGAUCGGAGGUAACCAUCCAUGCUUCAUCAUUGCUGAAAUUGGACAAAACCACCAGGGAGACAUCGAGAUUGCCAAGAAAAUGAUAAAAAUGGCAAAGGACUGUGGUGCAGAUUGUGCUAAGUUACAGAAAAGUGAAUUAGAGUACAAAUUCAGCAAGCGAGCCUUGGAGCGCCCCUACAAUUCAAAACACUCCUGGGGCAAAACUUAUGGUGAACACAAGCGUCACUUGGAGUUCAGCCAUGAUCAGUACCGGGAGCUGAAAAUCUAUGCGACAGAGAUUGGCAUCUUCCUCACAGCCUCUGGCAUGGAUGAGAUGGCUGUGGAGUUCCUCCAUGAGCUGGAUGUGCCUUUCUUCAAAGUUGCUUCCUGCGAUGCGAACAACUUCCCCUAUCUGGAAAAAACUGCCAAAAAAGGGAGGCCCAUGGUGGUGUCCACUGGGAUGCAGUCCAUGGAGACGAUACGUCGGGUCUACAAGACGGUGAAGGAGCACAACCAGAACUUCACCCUUCUGCAGUGCACCAGUGCCUACCCUCUGGAUCCAAAAGAUGUCAACCUCAGUGUGAUAGCAGAAUACCAGAAGGAAUUCCCAGAUGUUCCCAUUGGAUAUUCCGGACACGAGCAGGGGAUCUGCAUCACCGUGGCCGCGGUGGCGAUGGGGGCAAAGGUCGUGGAACGCCACGUGACCCUGGAUAAGACCUGGAAGGGAAAUGACCAUGAGGCGUCCCUGCAGCCCACAGAGCUGGCAGAUCUGGUCCGAGCCAUCCGACAGGUGGAGGUGGCGAUGGGAUCACCUGUCAAGCUGAUGCUACCCUGUGAGAAGAGCUGCCACGAUAAGUUGGGCAAGUCAGUGGUGGCCAAGGUGGCCAUCCGCAAAGGCGUGGCUCUGAGCCUGGACAUGUUCGCAGUGAAGGUUGGUGAGCCAAAGGGCAUCCCUCCAGAGAAUAUGCAGCAGCUUGUGGGCAAGAAGCUCAAAGUGGACGUGGAGGAGGAUGACAGCAUCUUGGCAAACAUGAUAGAAUAAGGGAGAGAGAGAGAGGCAGACAGACAGAGAGAGGGAUAGAAGGAGAGAGAAUGAGAGGCAGAGAGAGAGGCACACAGGUAAAUGAUUUACAGUGAGAUUGACAUUGUGAACAGAAAGAGAUACAGAAGAGCGAAUGAUAGGGAUGCCAAAAAGAAAAACUGAGGAUUAGGACUUUUGAGUGAAAGAGAAAGACAAGAGGUUUGAAAGGCAAAUUACACUCAGGCUGAACAGGUCUGAAUAGAAAAAUUAAAAUUACUCAAGCAGUGAUGUUGACAGUUUAUUUAAAAGGGGUGUGUUGUUGUGAAAUGUAUUUGUGUAGUAUUGCCAAGCCAGUUAUGCACCUCAGUUCAGAACUCUGGAUUAACACAAUAACAUAUUCUAACAUAAUGAAAACAUAUUCUCACAGUAAAAGCCAAAAAGUGGAGUUGCAUGGCUGUAGUGUGAUUUGUACAACUUUAACAAGAUAAAUGUUGGGCACAUCUGCAUGUCAAUGAGAAUGCAUGCAAAUAUUAGCUGGUUAUCAGCUGGUCAGCUACAUUUGCAUCACAGCUGGCUUGUAAAAUUCCCUCAUUCAAUGGUAACAUCAUCUCUGUUUGGAAUGAUCUGUCCCUGCCUAAUUUCUCCAGCAGUAAAUCAUGAUCAUGAAAGUGUGAUGUGUGAUUACAUGUUUGAAUAUAUAGGCUACUCUUUAAUCACAUGCAGUGCCUAUAUAUGUAUAGUGUAUUUGUGGGGAAUUUACAGACAAAUGGUGUUCGGAUUUCUCUUGCAAUCUCUGUUGAUUUCAAGGGUGCCAGAUGUGGUCCUGUAAUAGUAAUUAAUGUUUCUGUGUUGUUCAU